AAUGCAACCAAAAAAAAAAGUUAUGAUUAAAGUUAUCGCAAAUUGUGUGCCGAUAUGUAUGGGCGGCGGCCGUGGCGGCGUCGGUGGCCAUUACCGUAUCAUUGGUCGACUACUAUCACUACCGCAGCCGCAGCCAACCAGUUGUCGACAAUUUGGUAGCCAAAGACUAGAUGAUGAAAAUGAUGUCAACGAUACUGUUGUUAGUCCGCCGCACAGUGUGUCCAACUUGAGACUUGUCCGCUACGGUAGCCGCCGAUCAGCCGAUGGUAAGGAGGAAGAGAAGGAGGAGACACCAGCCGAGAGACAGUUACGAUCGAGAAGAAUGUCGAUUCAGUUAUGGAAUCAUAGCUAUUGGCUGAAGAAUAAUAUGGAUUUUCAGACGCAAAAGAAAUUAUUCAUCGAAAACGAAUUAAAGACAUCAUCAUCAGCAACAACAACAACGGUUCCCAACAUCAGUGGUGGUAAUGUCGGACAACAACAAGAGUUUAAAUCGGGUGUCAGUUAUGACGAGUUGGCCUCGUUUUACAAGACAUUCUUGGACUCUAACCAUCGAAAACAUAUGAAUUAUAAUUUGGAAUGGUAUAAAAUGCAUACAAGUCUUCUAUGGCCCGAAUUCAAGGUAUCAUUGAUUCGUCUCUGGAGACAACUGUCCGCUAAGUUUUAG